AUGGCUAUACAUUCUGACUCGAAGAAAGCCUCCACCUCCCCUGGAUCUGCAAACGUUAAUUCCUUGCACCCAUUUCCAACAAAUACAUCUGCAAAGGGGAUAGAUGGUAGAAACGUUCCAGGCCACGCAGAUACAAUGGCAACAAUCGAAAAUGACGACGAUCGUCUCCUCGAGCGCAUCGGGUAUACCCCCGUUCUCCAACGGCAUUUCUCACGAUGGUCUACGGUCUCCUAUGCUAUCUCUAUUCUCGGUGUCCUCGGAUCUGUUCCAGCAACCUUCGGUAGCCCUAUGAGUUCUGGUGGACCUGCUACCGCUGUAUGGGCAUGGUUCUUUGGCAGUAUCAUGGCAUAUUGCAUAGCAAGUUCCGUCGCGGAACUCGUUUCGGCGUAUCCGACAGCUGGUGGUAUGUACUAUGUGACGAAACACGUAGUGCCCAAAGAUCACGUUGCCCCGUGGGCAUGGAUCAUCGGGUGGUGUAAUUUCCUCGGCCAGGCAGGAGGCGUUGCCAGCCUUGCAUAUACCAUCUCUCAGAUGAUUCUCGCAACAGCAGUCAUGCAUUCAUCUCUUGCAGAUGGAAAUCCUACAUUUACGCCAACAUCGGUCCAGACUGUCCUUCUCGCGAUCCUUGUACUAUGUCUAUUUGGUGCGAUUUGUUCGUUCCCUACGGAGUGGCUACACAAGAUUAUCUUCUGGUUCGCUCCUAUCAACAUCAUUGCAUCGAUAUGCAUCUGCAUAGCCCUACUUAUAUUAACGCCAGAGAAGCAGAGUGCCAAAUGGGUAUUCUCAGAAGUGGUAGACGGCUCGGGUUGGGGAAGCAAGGGAUUUUCUUUCCUGCUUGGGUUCUUAUCCGUUGCAUGGACGAUGACGGAUUACGAUGGUACCACGCACAUGUCAGAGGAGACCCACGAUGCUGCCAUUCGAGGACCCGUCGCCAUUCGUGCAGCCAUUCUCGUUUCUGGAAUAGUGGGCUGGAUGUUGACCGUCACUUUCUGCUUCUGCAUGUCAGACUACGAGGCGAUCAUGUCUAGCCCUACGGGGCUGCCGGCAGCCCAGAUCUUCUUCAACGCUGGAGGAAGGACGGGAGGGACCAUCAUGUGGUUCUUCGUCAUAUUGGUGCAGUUUUUCACCGGUUGCUCGGCCAUGCUGGCAAAUGCCAGAAUGGCAUGGGCGUUUUCGCGUGAUGCUGCUCUGCCAUUCUCGAGUUUCUGGACAAAGGUCAAUUCCAUCACCAACACACCGGUCAACGCCGUCUGGCUCGUUGUGGCCUUCUGCUGCUGCCUUGACCUCAUCGGCAUCGGUAGCACGCAGACGAUUGUGGCGAUUUUCAGCAUUACCGCGCCAGCACUCGAUAUCAGUUACAUUGCAGUUAUCAUAGCACACAGAUGGUACGAAGGCAAGGUGCAAUUCCACCCUGGCCCGUACACCUUGGGCCGCUGGAGCAAGCCAGUCAAUGCGGUUGCAGUCACAUGGGUCUGCUUCAUCAGCGUGGUCCUCUUCUUCCCUCCUAUCAAGCCGGUCACAGCGACGAACAUGAACUAUGCCAUCUGCGUGGCUGCUUUCAUUGGCUUGUUCAGUAUGAUCUGGUGGUACGCUGGCGCUAGAAAAACCUACACUGGCCCACGUACCAAUGAUACCAUCGACAUGCUACCUCCAGAAGACCCAGAAGCUAUCCUUAGCGACUACGACAUCCCUUAG